ACCUCAGGCCGCACCUCCCGCGUCGGGCCACGCCCUCCGAGGCUCCGCCCCCGACGCCGGAUCCCACCCCUCUGUCCGCAGGACCCCGAGCCCCAAUGAUCCUGCAGCAGCCUCUGGAACGAGGCCCCCCGGGCCGGGCCUUGCGCGACGCGCGGGCUGCCCCGGGGCUGACGCGGAGCCUGGAAGCCAGCUCCCCUCUCCGAGGAGCUGUGCCCCUGAGCACCAAACGGCGCCUGAAGGAGGAGCAGGAGCCCUUGCGCAAGCAGUUCCUUUCUGAGGAGAACAUGGCCACCCACUUCUCUCGACUGAGCCUACAUAAUGACCACCCCUACUGCAGCCCCCCCUCGGCCUUCCCGCCAGCCCUGCCCCCGCUCAGAAGCCCUUGCUCCGAGCUGCUUCUCUGGCGCUACCCUGGGAGCCUGAUUCCCGAGGCCCUCCGGCUGCUGAGGCUGGGGGGUACUACCGGUCCCCACUACCCUGCAACGCCAACCGGGGACACAAUGGAGCUCUGAGCCCUGCUGCCCGUGUACCUUCCCACCUGCUUCUUGCCCCACCACCGCAGAGACAAGCAGCCCCCCUGGGAGACAAGGUGCUGGUCUCUCCUCCAGACCACGUGCCAGGGCAUCAGGACCUUUCCAGUAGCGGACCCAGAGCUCCAUGGGUGGGAGGGGCAGAGCAAGGGAAGACGGGUACUAAAUGAAUAAAGAUUGCUGAACAGUU